AUGUCUUUUGUUGCGGGAGAGCUGUGGUUGAUUUCAGCACCGAAUGAGGGUUCGCCACAGGAAACAUGGGAUAAAUUGAAUCGGACAACUGGGAAUAUGUCAGUCAACUAUAAAUUCAAUGUCCCUGAUCUCAAAGUUGGGACUCUGGAUCAGCUGGUUGGUUUAUCUGAUGAUUUGGCCAAAUUGGAUAGUGCUGCAGAACAAGUGACGCGGAAGCUAACGCAGUAUUUUGCUGAUGUCCUAGAAAAUGAGCAAGAUAAAUUACAGGAAAAUCUUGUCGUCAGUGGUAAGGACGUGAAAACUUAUGUUACCAAGUUCCAGUGGGAAGGUGCAAAAUAUCCUCUGAAGCAAUCUCUAAAAGUGCUAAGCGAUAUCAUCGGAAAGCAAAUCACCCAGAUUGAUAAUGAUUUGAAGACGAAAUCCACCACCUAUAAUAAUCUUAAGAAUAGUCUUGCAACAAUCGAUCGAAAAGCAACGGGCAGUUUGUUGACGAAAGAUUUGUCAGAAAUCGUUAAAGCUGAUGAUUUUAUCCUCAAUUCAGAAUACUUACAAACGUUAUUAGUGGUUAUACCAAAAACAUUGGCAAAGGAAUGGCAGCAGAAGUAUGAAACAUUGUCUGAUAUGGUAGUACCUGGAUCGAGCCGCUUAAUUACCGAAGAUGGAGAUCAGAUGUUAUUCUCUGUUACGCUGUUCAAAAAAGUAAUCGAUGAAUAUAAAACACAUUGCAGAGAAAACAAGUUCAUUGUCCGAGAUUUCGUUUACGAUGAGGAGUCCUUAAAAAUAGGUCGUAAUGAACGGGAUAAAUUGGUACAAGAGAAGCAGCGUCAAUAUGCUCCACUUGUUCGAUGGCUGAAAAUCAAUUUUGGCGAAAUUUUUUCUGCCUUUGUUCAUGUUAAAGCAUUACGAGUGUUUGUUGAAAGUGUUCUCAGAUAUGGUCUGCCCGUAAACUUCCAAGCAACAGUCAUAGAACCAAAUAAGAAUUCGCAUAAGAAAUUGCGAGCAUCACUUCAUAAUCUUUAUUUACAUUUGGAUACAUCUGCCGCUGGUCCAAUUGAGGCUAUCGAAGAUAAUCCAAUACUGAUGUCAUUGGGCAUGCAUGAUUAUUAUCCAUAUGUUUUUUUCAAGAUAAACAUCGAUUUCAGUAGUGUGAAAAGAUAA